GUAGAACACAAGUAAAAUCUGGAUACAGAAAAACAAAGCACCCGCCAAUUGCCUGCAUAUCGGAGCAAGGUCAGAAGUUCGCAAAGCGAACCCCUAGUACUCUAUUUCCUGUAUAUGACUCAUUGAGUAUAUACUGAGGCCUUCAGGAGUGUUGGAGGUCCUUUCAUAAUCGGUCUUUGCCUUGCAGUCUGCUAGUGUCAUGUGACCCUUCCACCUAGAGUGACAUUAUUCGCUCGUCGUCCCAAUUUUGCUCAUCUUGUCCAUCUCCCACGCUCACCUUGACCUAGUCCCACCACCUUUGUUUUUUUAAGGCUGCUUGCUUGAGCUUUGAUGGCCACCUCCUGUCAGGCUUUUUUUAUAUUCCGAAGAUCCUCUUUUCUCACUUGCGUUCUUUUCCUUGCACCCGCAUCACAUGCGCCAACAACUCGUGACAUUCGACUCAACCAUAUUUACAUCCUCUUGCCUAUACUUACUCCUAGCUCCGUUCCCACCACCCCAGCACUAGCACAUGCGCUUUUCUUGUCAUCGCGUUUAGUUUAGUGCCCAGCACGUCAAACGCCCCUUCUUCACGCGUUUUUCACAGCCUGUGCCCCAAGCACCAUUCACGUGCCUAUAUCCAGCACCCACCGCAUCGCUCACACUAAGUACCCUACACAUCAUCUGCAUUUGAGCUUGAACCAGCGCCGUUCGAUAUGCAACAUCACCCCAUGCAUCGGCGCUCGCACCUAUCACCGCGGAAACUUUAGCAAACUACCAGAGUGACGCAAAAAGGAGGCUAUGGACGAACCAGAAGAUUCCAACGCUGCAAUGGUGGGGAGAGACACGGAGGUGACUGAGAACUAAUAGGGUGCAGGGAAAUGAGGAUUGUGGAUUGGGGUAGUGAAAUGUAAGGAUAUACUUCAUUUAAAUUAGGGCGGUCUG